CCCACAUCUGCUCGGUGUGCAGUUGAGCUUCGAGGGGCUGAGCUUCGAUGGAGGACCACAUGACGGGGCACAACAAGGAGAAGCGUUAUGAGUGCGACGUGUGUGGCAAGGCCUGGCAGAGCCCGAGCCUGCUGGAGACCCACCAGCGGGUGCACACGGGCGGGAAGCCCUAUGGCUGCUCCACCUGUGGCAAGAGCUUUACCCGGUUGAAUGGGCUGCAGGUGCACCAGCGGGUGCACAACAGUGAGCGGCCCUUCGCCUGCUCUGACUGCGGAAAAGGCUUCAAGUCGUCUCCGGACCUGAAGGCGCACAGGCGCCUGCACACCGGGGAGCGGCCCUAUACCUGCAGCGAAUGCGGCAAGGGCUUCACCCGCUCCGACAGCCUGCUGUACCACCAGCGCGCCCACGCCGGCGAGCGCCCCUACAUCUGCACCCAGUGCGGUAAGGGCUUCAUCCAGUCCACCUGCCUGCUGUCCCACCAGCGCACCCACACUGGGGAGCGGCCCUACACCUGCAGCGACUGCGGCAAGGGCUUCACCCGCUCCGACAGCUUGCUGUACCACCAGCGCCUCCACACCGGCGAGCGCCCCUACACCUGCGCCCAGUGCGGCAAGGGCUUCACUAAGUCUAGUCACCUGCUGUCCCAC